AGCGUAGACGGACGUACCUCAAAGUUUCGCACGUAAGUCAUCUUUCGGAUGUAAACAGGAGUUUUAUAAUUAAAACUCCGUAAUAUACUUCGAUAGUUUUCAGUGAUUUGUGUUCGAAGGGAUUUUUCGUUGGUUUUAUAAAGUGUCUUUUAUUUGCUUGGAAACUUUUAAGUGACUUUUAUAGCAGUUUUUUUUUUUGAAUCGUCAACUUUGAAGUUUGUGAAAAGCUGUCGCUAACGAGAUCCUAAAGCUACAAUGAUAAUGUAAUCUGUAUGACCAUGAGAAAAAUGAUUUGAAAGCAUGGAUCAUCGUUUGGGCCAAUGAGAGAGAUGCGCAGGAGUAUGGAUGGACCGUAGGAUGCGCGUCAUUCCGGCGCUUAUUUGCUUCAUGUUCACCUUAUCACCUGUCUUAGCAUUUAUACCUGGAGUUGAUGGUCCAGUGAUAGCUCAAGAAGCUUUAGAGGGAAAAAAAACGACGUUGUUUUGCGAUUCAGCAACAGAUUCCCCAAAUGAUGAGCUGAUGCUUUUAGUUUGGUAUAAGGAUAAUGCGCCAAUUUAUAGUUACGAUGCUCGCAUAGCCAGCGAAUGGUCGAGUUUAUCAUUCAACACCAGCAGUAGAUUGAAGGCAGACCUGAAAAAUGAACCCACAGCUCUCAUCGUUACGAAUUUAAGAGGAGACGAUCAGGCACUCUACCAUUGCCGAGUUGACUUCCUUCUAGCACCGACCAGGAAUAUUGGAGUCAAUUUGACGGUCAUUGUUCUUCCCAGUCAACCAUUUUUUUUGGAUGAAUUCGGGAACAAAGUGGAAAGAAAGAUUGGACCAUACCACGAAGGUGAUACGUUAGUCCUGAGCUGCCUCGUGAUUGGAGGUCGUCCUCCUCCUAGAAUAAGUUGGUAUUCCGGCAAAGAUCUGGUUGACGCGUCAGACGGAGCUAGUGAUAUACCGGGAGUAAGAGAGAACGAAUUAUACCUUCCUCUCACUCGUCACAACGCUGAGUCCCUCUCAUGUAAAGCCAGUAACACCCACCUUAUUCCCCCAGUGAGGGCUUCACUACAAGUUGAAUUAUUUUUACCCGCCUAUAAUGUUACUAUAAAUUGUGUACGAGGAUUAGUAGAAGACGCUCUACGAGCAGGCAAGAAGGCAAUCGUGCAUUGCAUAGCCUAUGGCUCCUACCCUCCACCCGAGAUCACGUGGUGGCUGGACCACCGACAUCUCACUCAACAUAGCAAUCAGAGUUGGGAUAAUGUUACCCGAAAAGCUGAAUCAUAUCUGGAGUUCACACCUGCAGUGAAUGAAAAUGGUGCAACACUGGCUUGCAUAGCAACCAACACUGUGAUGGCACCAGGUCGGGACUCGAAGGCAGAUGUCAUCAUUUUAAAUGUUACCUAUAGUCCAAUAGUAGAAUUAUCAAAACUAGGAGAUGGAAGACUGAACGAAGUGGUCGAGUUGGACAGCUUACAUUUGGAAUGUGAAGUUAAAGCCAACCCACCUGUUUUAAGCUUUACUUGGUAUUUUAAUGACGUGGAAAUACGACCUAAUAAAUGGUGGGGGAAUCAGGUUUCAUCUCAAACGCUAUUAGUAGAAGAAGUUACACGGAGACACGCUGGUCGAUACUCCUGUGCAGCUCGAAAUAAUAUUGGAGAAACGAGAGCAGAAUCUAUCAACAUUACUGUAUUUUACCCACCAGAAUGUCAGGAUCAUGGUGUAACAUUAGUUAAAGAAACAUUGAAAUGCAAUGUCAAAGCCCUCCCCCCACCUGACACAUUCUUCUGGCACAUCCAACCAGCAGACGAGGAUGUUCAGCAUUUAACAACUGGUUCAGCAAUUCUACCACUCAACCAAAUCACAGGAUCUCUAUCGAGGACAUUAGAUGCCAGUUGCGAAGCGGGUAAUGGCAUUGCGUCUCAAGAAAAGCCAUGUAAAAGGAUCUUCAGCUUCGAACAGCUGCGACCUCCGCAACCACAACAGUGUGAUCUAGCCUUUGAAUAUGAAGAAUUUCAAAUGAGAUGUAUUCCAGUGGAAAACGCAACAUACUAUGAAGUAUCUGUUUGGCGAAUGUCAACAUCCAAUGCUUCUUUGGUUCUCGAUAGGAGAGGAUCAAUGGGUUAUGGUAUGAGCCAAGCUCUCGCACAAGGUGAGGGCGUGCCUUGGCUAGUGAGAGGUCCCCUGGGGAAUUUGAACGUGGGUGACGAAGCGGGAGCCUCUGCUUGUAAUAGAUACGGAUGUUCUUCUGCUUUACUGUUACGACCAACAGAGAACUUAUUACAUGCUGCCGCGAACCCCUGGUGGAAAUUUCUCCUCGAAAAAGAUGUAGGAAUAUCUGUGGGCGCGGUGGUACUGGUGGCAGUUUUCGUGCUGUCCACAGUACUCGCCAUACGUCUGGCGCGACGGGCGCGCUCUAAACCCACACCUGUCAUACAAGUUCUGCAGUUGGAUGAUGUCGCCCGUGAUUAUUUGGAAACAAUUGGAGAUCAUAAAAUCCACGCAUCACGCAGUCUUCGCUCUUGCAGUAGCGGCUACUCUGAUGGUUCAGCUGAAUCAGCACCGACGGUUGACAGGAGACGAAAACCAAGAUUAUGGGACUGGGAACCACCACCGCCAGACGUGACUCUUACAAUACAUAGAGAAAGUGCUGUGUAAUUUAUGUAUCUUUGAAGUUUGUUUAGUGUACAGAGAUAUACAACUACGUUAGAUAAAAGGUAUGAGUGUCAGUGCGGUAUAUAUUUAUCACGAAUUUAUUUCAAGAAAAAAAUAAAUAAACUGACCGUUGUUUAAGGAAAGUUAGUGCUUUCUUUUAAGUAAAAUAUAUUACUGAUGUAUUAAUAUCGAUUAUAAUAAUGUCGACUGUUGUUAUUCCGCUGUUGGAUUGUCGAUAAACACAAAAAAUAUAUGAACAUUCUAAUAUAAUAAAGCAAAUCUAUUGAAAAGUUUAACUGGAACUAUUCUUUAAGAACAUACUCGACUCGCCGAACACGAUCGUAAAAUAUCAAAAAGUCGUAAGCGACAUUGAACAUAAUAAUUAUACGAAUUAAAAUAGCGUAUCACCACAAGGCAGUUACAACGUUUUACGAGUGACACGCGAAGUGCGUUCUUACAGAAUAGCACUGAUUUGCGAGGUUGCAAAAUGUGCGCUUAAUAAAUGCAUUUAUUUUAAC